UUUAGAAGUGGACGCUUAUUCGAAUCCAUGCUCUUCCACGUUCUUCUGGUUUGCUUGCUUGGUUCGGCCCUCAGUGCGCCAACCGAUGAUUUUGUAGCGCCAGGUCCAAAAUGCGGUUAUCAGUCCUGCCACAAAAUCGACCCGGGCAAGUUGAACGUCCACAUCAUCCCCCAUUCGCAUGACGAUGUCGGGUGGAAGAAGACGUACGACCAGUACUACUUCGGGACGAAUGAGUACGAGCACCGGGGGGUUCGUGCCGUUCAGAGCAUUCUCGACUCGGUGGUGCAAGCGCUGAAAGACGACCCCAAUCGAAGGUUUUCGCAAGUGGAGACGUCGUACUUUUCGCGGUGGUGGGAUGGGCAGACGCCCGAACUUAGAGAAAUGGUAAGGGGGCUCGUGAACGGCGGGCAGCUGGAGAUGGUCAGCGGUGGCUGGAGCAUGAACGACGAGGCCGCCACCAAUUACCAGUCGAUCAUUGACCAAAUGACGUUGGGCUUGCGAACUUUGGAGGAUCUGUUGGGGAAAUGCGGGCGGCCACGUGUCGGUUGGCAAAUUGAUCCCUUCGGGCACACGAACGCUAUGGCUACGGUUUUCGCCGAGCUUGGAUUUGAUGGGUUGUUCUUCUGGAGGAUGGACUACAGGGAUUACGAGGCGCGUCACGCUGACAAAAGAACCGAGUUUGUUUGGAGAGGGAGCUCCGACCUGGGUGCGCAAUCUGAUAUCUUCACGAGUAUGCUCUAUGAGAACUACAACGCUCCUUACAAUUUCUGCUGGGAUGUCCAAUGCGGGGACGAACGUAUUAAUGAUGACAAAACCAGUCGAUCUUACAAUGCCGAUCAAAGAGUCAAGGAAUUCCACGAUAGAAUAAUAGCGCAAGCCUCUAAGUACUCGACUAACAACAUCCUUAUAACAAUGGGGGGCGACUUCACAUUCGCAGCCGCUGAAAUGUAUUACAACAGCAUUGAUCUGCUCAUCAAGGGAUUCAAAGAGUUCCACCCGGAGAUUAACAUGAUUUACUCCACGCCCUCGUGCUACGUAAACGCUGUCCACGAAUCGGCUCAGCGUAAAAAGCUCGAGUUCACUUUGGAGACCCAUGACUUUAUGCCGUACGCAACCGAUAAAAACACGUACUGGACCGGGUACUACACGUCGCGACCGAACUCAAAGCGUUUCGAGCGGCAAGGAAACAAUCUCCUGCAGGUGGCCAAACAUCUGGUAGCAUUCGAGCAUCCGCAUAACAAGACCUUUGAGGCUGACCUGCUCGGGCUGAAACGGGUAAUGGGAGUCAUGCAACAUCACGAUGCCAUCACCGGCACCGAAAAACAGCACGUCACGAACGACUACGUCAAAAUGAUGUCUGCCGCGGCGGGCGACGUUCAGACAUCCCUGCAGACCAUCGUCUUUGACUUGCUCAAAAACAACAUCAGCGAUGCCAGCGAGAUCGUCACCCUGACCUCGUGCCUUUUAGCAAACGUAUCUCGUUGCGCUGAAGCGGAAAAUGAUCAGUUCACCGUUGCCGUUUACAAUCCUCAUGGCAAAGAGAUUUCGCAUUUCGUGAGAAUUCCGGUAGUAUCGGCGAGCUACUCCGUUAUAGGAUUACAUGGUGGAAAGAUACCAGCCCAAAUAUCCCCAGUAAUCGACACCUUCCCCAAUGUACCCGGAACGGCGUCACUUUACGAGCUCACCUUCGAAGUCAAAGACAUUGGACCUCUUGGCGUCAAUUACUUCUACGUAGUCAAAGAAGAUCAAAAAGUCAACGAGCCAAACUUAAUAAAACCGACACUCGAUACUACCCUGGGCACAAGCACCACGGGCAUCGAACUUGACCAAGCCACGGGCCUGCUUAAGUCGGUUACCCUUAACGGUGUACGGCAGUCGGUUUCCCAGCAGUUCCUCUAUUACAAGGCGAGCAAUCGUACCGAUGGAGUGCGUGCGUCCGGCGCUUACAUUUUCCGCCCUGUGCCCGGCACGGUUGCGCAAGUGAUCGGGGAUCAAGUCAAGUUUUCCACGUACAAAGGCGAGCUCUACGACGAAGUGCACCAGACGUACGCCGACUGGCUCAAGCAGGUCAUUCGGGUUUACAAAGACGCGAACUACGUCGAGUUCGAUUGGAUCGUGGGACCGCUCGGUUACGUCGACAAUUUGGGGGUGGAGGUGAUCACGCGAUAUACCACCGAUUUGAAUAGCGGCGCGACCUUCUAUACCGACUCCAACGGCCGACAGCUCGUGAAGCGCACGCGUAACACGCGCCCCACCUACGCCUACACGAACGAACAGCCGAUCAGCGGAAAUUACUACCCGGUAACGUCGAGGAUCGCGAUUAAGGACGAGGAGAAGGAUAUCAGCGUGGCGAUAUUGAACGAUCGAUCUCAGGGCGGCUCCAGUUUGAAGAGCGGCGAAAUUGAGCUAAUGCUGCACCGACGGUUGAUGAACGACGACGAGUAUGGGGUCGACGAGGUUUUGGACGAGAAGGAGUACGGCCAGGGAGUCGUUGCUCGAGGCCGCCACUACAUGGUGCUGGGCACGAACAAAGUUUCAGGAUCCGUCCAACAGGUAAAUUUGGCCCACCGUCUCCUGCUGUCCCCAUGGACGUUUGUAGGUAAAUACAACGCGAAAGAGAACAACUUUACCACUUUAAGGCAGAAGAUGAACUUCGAGUUUGCCGGACUCACACGUUCUUUGCCCGAUAACGUUCGUCUGCUCACAUUGGAAAGUUUGGGUGCCAAGCAGCUCCUCUUCAGGCUCGAGCACCCGUUCAGCAAAGACGACGACGCAAGCUUGGGCACUCCCGUGACCGUCGACCUCAAGGGCUUGCUAACAUCCUUCGAAAUCAAGUCGUUCACCGAGACCACGCUGGGUUCCAACCAGCUGAAGGCGGACAACGUGCGUUUGCAGUUUCCAAUUAAAGGAGAGAAGAAGGUCCAGCCUAAGCCCGUCAGAGUGGGGGAAGAGGAUUUGAAAAUUACCCUCCAUCCUAUGGAAAUACGUACGUUCAUCCUGAACGUGGAGCAUAUUUACCCGACUUCUUACCUGGGCGCCGCCAACAUAAACUUACCCCACAUCCUUGUUAUGCUAUCGCUUCUUGUUAUUUCUUUAUUUAAUUACUAAUUAAUAAUAGUUGUAAAACUCCGUUGAGGACUUGUAUAAACGGUGAUCUCAAGCGUGCCGGAAUUCGUUGGGUAAGUAUUGAUCGGCUCCCCUCCUUUCGUCGGGGAUGCUGCAUUUCGUUUAUAGUUGCAGUGAAUCUAAUAACGAUCGCUUCAAUUCGUAAUGGACAAAAUUUCCCAGACAAAAUGACACUUGCUCCUAGACGAACUUGCCCGCAAUAGUCUACAUUACAUUCUUUAAUUCUCAUCAGUUGUGUAAAAUCAAUUGUCAACUUUUUAAAUAAAUAAAUAGUGUUGA